AUGGAAGGCGUCAAACGGAGCGUGAAGAUGGUACGAUUGGGCAAGAGAACGGGCAAGAAGGAUCAGAAUGUGACAGUGUAUGGUCUUGCUCGAGAUCCACUUGACAUCAAGUGUAAAGAACCCAAUCUACUGUCAUGUUCAUACGAAGAUGAAAUGACAGAAUGGCGAGCAUCCAAAGAAUCUGCUGCAUCCGCCAAGGGGGAAGAGUCCAGAUAUGGUGGAGAGUAUAAUGAGGAUUUGAGCCACAGUCCUGUGCGAUUGGAAAAUGUGUUGAAACAUAGUCUCAGGUUGUACAAAUACAUUGAGGAACAGAAAGCAGUGGACAAAGAAGAGUAUCAGCGCAAAUUCAAGAUCACAAUGGCAAAUCUCUGUGACAAGAGCGCGCAUGUAAGUACAAGACAAAAUCAAGAAUAUGCUGCCCAAGUGACAAACGCAUUUGGAAUGAAUCACAGAAGAUUGGCACAAGAGAAACAGCAAGGGGUAGAUAUAACUCCGUACGUGGCUGGAAGAAUUGUCUUCGCAAAGUGUCUGAAAGGCAAGAAUAUGAACGCAAUGGUCCUUGAGGCUGUUGCUCGAGAACUUCUCAGUGAAACUGACAAGGCUGCUUAUGAUGAAGGUAAAACUAUUUCUAUCAACUACAGCACGCUCAGAAAUUUGAUUGCCGAUGAUGUAGUCAGCAGAUGGAAGAAGGAGCACAUAGACGAACCACUCAGUGAAGAAAAACAAAAAGUUGUUCGAAAAACAUUUCAGCCAAUAUCUGAAGCAACAUUUGUUCAGAAGAAACGAGGAUAA